CAGGGCGGGGCAAGUCACACCGUCACGCAUUUACAAUAAAUUUCUCCACUGCACGCGUCGUGUCUCCGCCUAACUUGCGCCUGUUUUUCUUGAGCAAUGUCACCACCAACGACAGUGGUGCGUCGGUACCAUCAACUCGAACUCAUCACAGAGCACCUGGGAUAUCUGCCUGUUCGCUUCACCGACGACUUUUACAACGCUUGCAUAGGAUGCAUGGCCAAAGCUGUCGAAGGAGUUGAGGCUUUCGUUUCAACACUUCCCGGUGAUGAGCGCAAGAAAAUGGAGGGCGUGGAAAAAUUCGAUACCCUGCUGGAUAAUGCUUUCGAUAAGCGGUUUGUCGUAUUUGAAGAGUUUGUGUUCAACAAUAUCUUUCGAUUGCCUGAAAACCUGCCCAUUACCCUGAGCCAUAACAAGGGUCUAAACUUCACAUAUACCCAAGCCUACGAAGAUCAUUUAGACAAGGAGCUCGAAGAUUUGCGAAAGAGUGUGAUUGCUCAAAAGGCUUUGCAAUUCAAGCUCAAGAACCAGAUCAAAUCAACAGAACGUUUGACCCAGCGACUGGAAAGUUGUCAAAAGGAAAUGGGAUUUUUGACCACCAUCCCAAAGCAACACGGAUUAACCCAAAUCGGUGAUACCAUCGACCUUGUUUCAAAUCAGCUGCAAACGUUACAAAACCUAAUGGCACCACUGCAAGAGUUCAUGGCAGAUCCAGAGAAGAUGGCCUUAGUUGCAAAAGAAGAUCAGCGAACACAGUACAUAAAACGAGAUGUUCAGCGGCAGUUGCGUAUGUAUAGCGAGGCGGAUCUGGAGGAUGAAGCGUUCCAUACUUUGGUCCGACAGGAGCUUUCUGAAAAGACAAGUCAGAUUGCAAGCUUGACUGAUUUACAGGCACUCAAAGAGCUUUAUCUCUAAAGAAAAUCCCCCCGUCUCCAAUUGUAUAUCUAGUUCCCAUGUAUUUGUAUAA